GAACUUGAAAUUGGUAACACAUUUUACACAAUUCUUAACUCCUACCUUUCUUUCUCUCGUUUCAUAAUGCUCUCUUCCUCCUCCUCCUGCCUUCUUCAAUUUUCUUUGAGAAAUAAAAAACUCUCCAACUCCGAAGUUAGGCUUUGGAAUAAGAUUUAUAAUGAGAACUUCACUUUCCUGCUUUUGUUUCUGUCCAGUAUCUGAAAGCAAAUUAAAGAAGAAGCCGAGCAAGGGAACAGCUAUAUCAUCGCUUCCCCAACAUCUGUGCCGUCGAUUUUCACUCGACGAGAUUAGAGUUGCCACCAAUAACUUUGACUCCCACUUGGUUCUUGGUAAAGGUGGCAGCGCAGUAGUAUACAAAGGGUUUUUCGAUGACGGGGCUUCGGUUUUCGCUGUCAAAUACUUGCAGCUCGGAUCCUCACGACAUACAAUACUUGACGACUUUCGAAAUGAGGUGCAGCUACUUUGCCAGCUGCGCCACCAACAUAUUGUUUCUCUGAUUGGAUUCUGCUAUGAGGAAGACAAGAUGAUCAUAGUGUACAAUUAUAUGAGCCAGGGGAUGCUCUUCGAUCAUCUCCAUGGUACUGGUCAUCACGAUCCCCUCCCAUGGAAGCAAAGGUUAGAGAUUUGCAUUGGGAUAGCUCGUGGAUUACAUUAUCUUCAUGCUGGAGCAAAGCGUGCAGUUAUCCACCGGGACAUCAAGACCAGAAACAUUCUUUUAGAUGACCAAAAGGUUUCCAAGAUUGCGGAUUUCACCUUGUCUAAGAUAGGCCCUUUUAGUUUAUCAAACGCUCCCAUCAGAAUAGAGUUACCUCCUCUGGAUGAAAUUGAAUUGGAAACAAGUCGAACGAGGCUGUUUGGUACUUUGGGUUACGUGGCUCCUGAGCUUUUCAUUGAUGCUACUAUUGUGACAGAGAAAUCAGAUGUUUACUCAUUUGGGGUUGUUUUGCUUGAAGUACUUUGUGGUAGAAAAGUACUAAAGUUUGAUGCAGGGGACCAUAAUCAUCGUCAUAUAAUUUCUUGGGUCAAUGAACACCUAAAGAAUGGAAGAAUUUACCAAAUGACGGAUCCAUAUUUGGAAGGGAAAAUAGCCCCGAGUUGCUUACAGAAAUUCCUGGACAUAGCUUUAAGUUGCGUCCAUGUUGAGGAACAUAAACGACCUGCUCUUGGUGAAGUGGAGGUGACAUUAGAGCUUGCUUUGGAGCUCCAAAACAAAGCAGACUUCGAAGUGAAGGGCCUCAAUCCUCAUGGAGAAGCUAUGUAUGAAGAAGUAGCUUUCUCUGCAUCUGCCUUCAGUUUCUCUGAUUAUCAGACUGAUGUACUCUGGCCCCAUGGAAGUGCUCGUGUCGAGGAUACAUUUAGCUGGAAAUCUGAGGAUAUGUUGUCAGACAUUGAAGAGCUGUGCAGAUGACAGUGAAGAUAAGCAAUCUGGGAUGGAUGUUUGGAGGGGACAAACUAAUCAGGUAUGGUUAAGCAGUUGAGGUGUUUCUUAACUUUCCUGACUACUGUCCAUUGAAGGCCACAAUUUUCACACGGUUUUGAGAAAUAUUUGCAUCAUUUUGGAAUAUGUUGACUAUAUUUCCCAUUUCGAUUACGAUAUUAACAUCAUUCAUUCACUUUUAAAACCUUUGAAUGUAAAUCAUGUUACUUUAAGAAAAAUGUAUUUUUACUACUGAAAAUAUAAAAGAUCUCGCUAUUAUUUUUGUACA